CUAGGGAUCGCGUGCGGCCCAAGGUUCCUGCGCCUCUGGUCUCGCCGUCUUCGUGCGCGGUCAAAUCCACUCCUUCCAUUAUAUAAAUCCGAGCACGGAAGAAAAACUCUGGAAUAAAACACUCUCUCCUUUUCGUUUCUCCUAUCGUUCUUCCGCUCUCUUAGCCCUUCAUCCACCUCUCUCUGAAAAGAAUCAGAGGCGGCCAUGGUGGUCUCGGAGGAGAAGGGCGGCGAGGUUCAGCUCUUGGACAUGUUCCUGUCCAUCGGAUUGGACCGCCGCACGGCGGAGAACGCCCUCGUAAAUCCUAAGGUCACCGCAAACCUUACGGCGGUCAUCAAAGAGGCUAAAGUUGUAGAUGGAUGCAGCAAGACCGUUGGGAAUCUCUUAUAUAUGGUCGCAACGAAAUACCCAGCCCAUGCACUCAUCCACCGGCCAGUUUUACUUGAAUACAUUAUCUCAUUGAAGAUAAAGAACCCUGCCCAGCUAGAUGCGGCGCUAACAUUUCUCUCGAAUGUGGGUCCUGAAGCUUUUCAAUCGAAAGAUUUUGAAGAAUCCUGUGGUGUAGGUGUGGAGGUCUCCAUUGAAGAAAUUCAGUCAGCAGUUACUGCAAUGCUGGAAGAAAAUAUGGAUGCCAUACUGGAGUUGCGCUAUCAUAUAAAUGUUGGGAACCUUUGUGGACAAGUUAGAAAGCGGCAUCCAUGGACUGAUGCUAAACUUGUGAAGGAAAUGAUUGAUGAAAAGCUUCGUGGGAUACUUGGUGAGAGGACAGCAGCUGAUGAUAAAAAGCCUUUGAAAAAGAAGAAGGAAAAACCUGUGAAAAUUGAGGAUCAACCCAAUGCAGUAGUAACAUCUAUCCCACCCUCUGAAGAAGAAGCGAACCCUUUCAAUAUAUUUCCACAACCAGAGGAAAACUCCAGGGUUCAUACAGAGAUAUUCUUUAGCAAUGGGGCUAUAUGGAGAGCUCACAACACAAAGGAGUUGCUAGAGAGGCAUCUUAAAGCAACCGGAGGAAAAGUUCUCACCCGAUUCCCUCCUGAACCUAAUGGAUACCUCCAUAUUGGUCAUGCCAAGGCAAUGUUUAUUGAUUUUGGUCUGGCAAAAGAGAGAAAUGGAUCAUGUUAUCUCAGAUUUGAUGAUACCAACCCUGAAGCCGAGAAAAUUGAAUACAUUGAUCAUAUCCAGGAAAUUGUGAAGUGGAUGGGUUGGCAGCCAUUCAAGGUUACAUAUACCAGUGACUACUUUCAAGACUUAUAUGAUCUUGCUGUCGAGCUGAUUCACAGAGGUUUAGCUUAUGUUGAUCACCAGAGCCCUGAAGAAAUCAAGGAGUAUCGUGAGAAAAAAAUGAACAGUCCAUGGAGGGAUAGGCCAAUCACAGAAUCAUUGAAGUUGUUUGAUGAUAUGAAGCAGGGGUUGAUUGAAGAGGGCAAGGCAACACUUAGGAUGAAGCAAGAUAUGCAGAGUGAGAAUAAAAAUAUGUAUGAUUUGAUUGCUUAUCGUAUUAAGUUCACUCCCCAUCCACGUGCGGGUGACAAGUGGUGUAUAUAUCCAAGUUAUGAUUAUGCUCACUGCAUUGUGGAUUCUCUUGAAAACAUCACACAUUCACUAUGCACACUUGAAUUUGAGAUUCGUCGUCCUUCAUACUACUGGUUAUUGGUAGCUUUGGGCCUUUAUCAACCAUAUGUUUGGGAAUACUCACGGUUAAAUAUAUCAAACACAGUGAUGUCUAAGCGCAAGUUGAACCAUUUAGUUACUGGAAAGUGGGUGGAUGGAUGGGAUGAUCCCCGUCUAAUGACACUAGCUGGGUUGAGACGGCGAGGAGUGUCUGCAACUUCAAUUAAUGCUUUUAUUCGAGGAAUUGGAAUUACAAGAAGUGAUAAUAGUAUGAUACGCGUUGAUCGUCUUGAGUAUCACAUAAGAGAAGAGCUCAACAAAACCGCACCUCGAACUAUGGUUGUGUUGCAUCCUCUUAAGGUUGUCAUCACAAAUCUUGACAGUGGAGUUAUAAUAGAUCUUGAUGCAAAGAUGUGGCCUGAUGCUCCUUCGGAUGAUGUUUCUUCUUUCUACAAGGUUCCUUUCACGAAUGUUGUAUACAUUGAACAUUCCGAUUUUCGUCUCAAAGAUUCAAAGGAUUAUUAUGGGCUUGCCCCUGGUAAAUCUGUCCUCCUCAGGUAUGCCUUCCCUAUAAAAUGCACCGAAGUUGUAUAUGGGAAUGAUUCAGAUACUAUAGUCGAGAUCCGAGCUGAGUAUGAUCCUUCAAAGAAAACAAAACCGAAGGGUGUUAUUCAUUGGGUUGCUCAACCAUCUCCUGGGUUUGAUCCGCUCAAGGUUGAAGUAAGAUUAUUUGAUAAUUUAUUUCUUUCUGAGAAUCCUGCUGAACUGGAAGACUGGCUAUCUGAUUUGAAUCCCUGUUCUAAGGAGGUGAUACCGGAAGCAUAUGCAGUACCUUCACUUGCCAGUGCUGUACUGGGUGACAAGUUUCAAUUUGAAAGGCUUGGCUACUUUGCUGUGGAUCCGGAUACAACCCCAGGAAAGCUGGUUUUGAACAGAACUGUUACCCUUCGCGAUUCCUAUCCCAAAGGUGGAAACAAAUAGGUCCAUGUGCCACUGGAGCCGUUCUUUUUUAACUACAUUUGUAACAUGAAAUGAAAAAGGCUCUGCUGAAAGCAUCAUAAUAUUCGUCAAAAAUAUAGAUGAAGGUGUAGGAAUUUUGUCCUUUUUUUUUUUCCCUGUUUAACCUUUUCAACAUGAUGCCAAUAUUUGUAUUUUUGCCACUUGUACUCAUUUUGGUGAAAUCAUUAACGAUCCCCAUUGGUGGCCCGUGGGAGACAGGACCUCCCCACCCUGUGUGUGUGUGGGACGAGCCGGAUGAUCUACACUGCUUUUGAGUAAAUAUAUCCGGAAAUGUUGGCAACAGCAUUAUGCGGUGCGUGAACUCAGCAGUGCAAGGCCCCUGUUGCCAUGCUCCGCCACAAAUUGGCUGCUGGCCGGUUCCCCUGUUGUACUGAUUACUGUGAAUGGGUUGCUAGGGAAUUGGAAGUUGGAUUUAUUCCAUA